AUGCCGUUUAACCGGUCAUAUAUGGCCUCAACCAUAACCAAAAUACUCACCGAUUACGAAAAACCUGUAGUUUCAUUUUUCUUUUUCUGUUUCUCCUACUUUCCCUUCCAUACCCAUUUUCACCUAUUUUUUUUAUUCACUACACUAAUUCUCGGCAUUUGCCCAGUAGACUUUUCUAGCAGCAAUAAUAUCAAAAAAAUUUUGGAAAGCAUAUAUAAUAAUAAUAAUAAUAAUAAUAAUAAUAAUAAUAAUGAUAAUAAUAAUAAUAAUAAUAAUAAUAAUAAUAAUAAUUAUAAUUAUAAUAAUAACAAUAAUUAUAAUAAUAAUAAUAACAAUAAUGAACUUCUUCUCAUGAUUUUAAAAACAUUUUUAGAACACAUCGGUAAAGUCGUUUCGUAUACAGAUGACACAUUUAUGGAAAGAUUUUUUUUUAAAGAACAAAACAAAAUUUUUUCAAGUUUAGUCACUGCCGAGUUUCAUACUUUUUUUGAAAAACAGUUGUUUGAUAUUGCAAACAUCAGAAACAAAUCUUGCAAAAAAGGAAAUUUUUCUUGAAG